AUGUCUCUUGAUGAUGUUUUUGGAAGACUGAAGACUCAUGAACUUGAGAUGGAGCAGAGAAGCAAACGCCAUGGAGGCAAAUCAAAGUCUGUUGCUCUGAAAGUUCAGGAGGAAGCUGCUAAGAGCAAAGGAAAAGCUCAUAAAAGAAGGAGGAGACUUGUUGCAGCAUAUGAAUUUGAUGAUCUUGAACCUGCACAAGAUGUAAAUCCUGAACCUAUUCCUACAACAACAAAUGAACCUGCUCAGCCCAGUCCAAAACCAGCUAGAUUCAAAAGAAGGGCACACAAGCCAAAGAGGGCCAAGAUUCCAGAAUCUGAAAUUACUGAUUUCACCAUCCAAGAAGAGCAAGCACCAUCCAGUUCAAUUCCUGAUGAUUCAUCUCAACCUCUGAUGGUGGACCCUCUUCAAGCUGUUCCUCUAAUAUCUCCUACAACAUCUCCUAAAGCAACUUCUACAGCAUCUGCAGUAGAUGAAGAAAUAGCGUGUGAUGCACAAGCUACAACUGAAGCUGGAGCCACAAUGUCUCAAAUGUCUGAUCCUAAAUCUCCAAUAUCUGAUCAUGGCCAUUCUACUCCAAUUCCUCAUUCUCCAAUGAAAAUACCUGAGAAUGCCAUUGUUCAUGAUACAGCUCCAGAGAACUACAGGUCUGAUGUAGUUGAUGAAACUGACAAAGUAGCUGUGGAAGUGUUACAAACUCUUGCUCAGACUGGUGAAGAGCCCAUCAAGUCACAGUCUGAAGAUAAAGGAAAAUCUGCUCAGGACAAUGUGGAGCAAGUUGCAGAUCCUGUUCCUGCAGAUGAAAAAGCAAACUCUGAUCCUGAGGAUGAUGCCAGUUCAGAUACUGACAAGGAUGAAAAUGCUGAAGUCCCUUUGACACAACAGAAAUGGGAGUCUACUAGCCAGUUCAAUGCCAGGAAGAAAAAGGAUGAUGAUGAUGAUGCUGAUGACUUCACAAAGCACAAGAGAUUUCAGGCAGGAACUGGAAGAAGAGUUUCAAACUCUGACAGUUCAAAACCUAAGCAAAGUUCAAAGUCUGUUCCAGUCCCAACACACAAUGUCACAUCUGGGUCAAAGCAGAGACCAUUGGCUGGAUCAGAUCAACCAAUGACUGAUGAAGAACUUGCUAAUGUUUAG